AUGCUGAUUCUCAUAUCUAAAAUCUUCAGAAUCCCAAUCAAAUUAGAAAUUUAAUCAACAAAUUCAGACAUUCCCUAUGCAAGUAUUGCAAUCCCAAUCUUAAAUCGUAGAGUCAUUAACUACAAUUUUGAUUUAAAAACAAACUAUUUUGAAUUAAUAUCGUAAUUUAGACACUAUAAUUUAAGUGGAUUGGUAGAAUAAGAUUAUGCGAUAGUUUCAAAAAAGGAAAAGUCUAUCUUUUUUAAGGUUGAUCCACUAAACAAAGGUAUGAAUAGAAGAAAAAUGGAAAUAUAUGAAAAUUAGAUUUCAAUAUAAAGGUCGAAACUUUUGAAAGCGUUAUUAAGAGAUCUCGAAAAUCUAUUUACAAUUAAUCAAUUAGUCAUAUUAUCUAUUGAUCGUGCUUCCAGUGUCUGGAAAAAUGUUAAAUUAAAAAUGAAAGUGUCAGAAACAAAGUAGUUUAAUAAUAUAGCAUUUUUUUUUUGUAAAAUAGAGUUGAAUUAAAUUAUACCAAAUUUUUUAUUCACUCCUUAUUUAAGUAAGAAAAUGCUAUAAUCAAACUAUAUGGGUAAAAAAAAUAGUUUUGAAAUCGAUACUCUUUGCCAAUACUACCGAAUUGUUGUUGAAACAUGA